CAGAGGUUGAUUCAAACAGCGCGUACUCCUCCUGCAACAGGGACCGACUUCACUGCACGCGGGCGUCCUUUCUGUGGAUCAUCAGCUUCGUGAGGUCACCUCCGGUAGAAGUCACCUCCGCUAGAAGUCACCUCAGGUAGAAGUCACCUCAGGGAGAAGUCACCUCCGGUAUAAGUCCCUCUGGUUCAGUGCCCCUCCGUUUCAGAGCUCUCCGUUUCAGAGCUCUCCGGUUCCGAGCCCCUCCGGUUGAAGUCCCCCGGUUCAGAGACCCUCCAGGUGCAGCAUGCAGGUGUCCCUCGCGUUGCUGGCCUCCGGCUGGCCGCUGCUGCUUCUGCUGCUGCGGGGAGGCGAGGCGGGAGGCUGGGCGCGGGGCCUGGUCAAGAACGACGCCACGGAGGUCAUACCUGGAGCCCCCGAGGAGGACCUGAGCAACAAUCACAACAACAACAACAACAACAACAACAACAACAACAACAACAACCAUACAAUGGAUAACAGGGCAAAAUCCGGCGGCAGGAGAUCGCCCAGCACCGCAUCCUACACUGCGGCGGAGCUGAGCUGCCGGGAGCUGCGCUCGGCGCGCUACAUCACGGACGGCUCGUGCCGCAGCGCCAAGCCGGUGCGGGAGCUGCUGUGCUCGGGGCAGUGCCUCCCGGCCCGCCUGCUGCCCAACGCCAUCGCCCGCGGGAAGUGGUGGCGGGGAGGCGCCUCCGACUACCGCUGCGUGCCGGCGCACUCGCGGACGCAGCGCGUGCAGCUGCGCUGCCCGGCCGGGCGCAGCCGGACCUACAAGAUCCGCGUGGUCACGUCCUGCAAGUGCAAGCGCUACAGCCGGCACCACAACCAAUCAGAGGCCAAGGAGCCGGCCGCCACGCCGCGGCGCGGCAGGAAGCACGGCGGGGCGCGGGCGGCGGGCGCGGGGCGCGGCGCCGGGGACAACGCCACGCCGCUGAGCAGCAACGCGUACUGAGAGGGGGCGGGGCCACGCGACCCCGGACCCCGGACAGUCAGUACCGGACGGCGACACGCUGCGUGUGCGCGUGAGACGGGCUCCUCCAGUUGUGUUGCUCUCCAUAACGGACAACACUUUGUGUUUAUUACUCAGACCCUUUUUUGUUGCCAUAUUUUUGUAAACUUUAUUACUUACAUGACCACAUGGUGGACCAAUGAGAAGCCUCUCGCUGGUCACAUGGGACGUACGGGCCAGUGGAGGAGAGAGAGAGAGAGAGAGAGAGAGAGAGAGAGAGAGAGAGAGAGAGAGAGAGAGAGAGAGAGAGAGAGAGAGAGAGAGAGAGAGAGAGAGAGAGAGAGAGAGAGAGAGAGAGAGAGAGAGCACUGUGUGCCAUUUAUUCAACUCUCUUGUCGGCCUAAUGAGUCCAUUCCUGUGUUUAUGAUUUGAGUCAUGCCACUUCCUCUAGACAUAGGCACUUCCUGUUGUUGUACACACACACACACACACACACACACACACACACACACACACACACACACACACACACACACACACACACACACACACACACACACACACACACACACACACACACACACACACAAAGAGUCCACAUGUGUGUAGGAAAAAUCGGCAAAUUGUGGCUUGUUGCUUGUUACCUUGGGGCAAAGCAUUCUGGGAAACGCCCACACUGGAAAACAUUGCGCGCCGUGGAGCAGCGUGAAUCCCGGCGCUCCCGCCAGACCUGCCAGCUGCCGGAACGCCGCGUGAACCGGAACCAUCCCGCUCUGUUCGCGGGCCGCAGUCACAGAGGAAACAGAAAUAAAUAGAAAAAAAACAAACCUAAACAUAAACCUGAAUUGUGAAUAGAUUGCAUUGUCUGAGGAGUCAACGCGGGACAGGAAGCGCAGUGUGGAACCGGCCGCUGUUUCCCUCGGUGGCCGUGCGGCGCCGGCAGGACCGUGUGUGAUGAAGAGGACUCUACAUCUCUGGUAUCGCGCCACCCCCAUUAUUCUUCCUGGUUUAAGUUCUCCCGUUGUCAGUGAAUCCCAUUGCCACGGCGAUUGGAGGGUUCUGUUGAGAGUCGCGGCGCGUCGCCCGGACGCAGCGGAGGCCUCCCUGAACGACUCGGCGGUGGAACAUUAACCGACCGAAGGACCGGUUCUCGGAGACUGAAAUGCAUAUUUAUUUUUUAUCGCCACAUUUAAAUUAUUUAUGCAAACUUUUGUAGUAAAGGAUAGCCAUUAUUGUCAUGUAGUGUGAAAAUGAAUGAAUGUACAGUACAUGAAUAAAGUAAAGGCAGAUAUAUUUGAACUUUGACUUUGCUUAUCUUUUAUUUAUUUGUAUCCGUGAGAAUGUGUCGUUUGAAAUACUUUACCGCCUUACAUAACUGAACUCUAUUUCUCAACGUCUGUCGAAACAAACCCACGACCGCAAAGGAGUGGCUGUGCUUCUCCCACAUUUCCCAACGUCGCCAUCCCCGGGGGGAGCGUCCGCAAAGAACCUGCGGGGAG